CUCGGAAUAAAGAAAGAAAUCAAAAAGAGAAGAAUUCAGAGUGGUUCUCUCUCAUCUCUUUCUCUCCAUUUGUCGCCACAGAUUCAACUCAUUUCGAGUGGGUCUACACAUGGUCUUUCUUUCUUUCUUUCUGUAGUCAAUGAUUUUUUAAUUAGAUUCCUCGUUUGGAUCUUUGAUUUAAGGUGGUGUAGUUAAGAGUCGGAUUUGUACAAAACGUGUCAAAGCUUAUCUAAUCAAAAACCACAGAGAGACAUAUAAGUCGUCUACAGAGAGAGUAGAGAAGCAUUUGAGUAGGGUUUCAAAGCGGCGCAAAUCAGUAGCUAUCAUCAUCAUCAUGUCAACGGAAAACAUUCAACACUCUUCUCUCCCUACUCAAAGGCUUUUGGGUAAAGUGGCAUUGAUAACCGGAGGAGCCACAGGGAUCGGAGAGAGCAUCGCUCGUCUCUUCCACAAGCACGGUGCCAAAGUCUGCAUCGUCGACGUACAAGACGAUCUCGGAGACAAACUAUUGAAAACACUUGUAGCGAACUCGGAGGAUGAGUCAGCUUGUUUCAUCCACGGUGACGUCACACAAGAAGACGACAUCAGCAACGCUGUUGACUUCGCCGUCAAACGUUUCGGGACCCUCGACAUACUCAUCAACAACGCGGGGAUAAGCGGAGCCCCGUGUCCGGACAUCCGCGACAACAGCUUGAGCGAGUUCGAGAAGGUCUUUGAUAUUAACGUGAAAGGAGCUUUCUUAGGGAUGAAGCACGCGGCGCGUGUGAUGAUCCCUGCCAAGAAAGGGUCGAUAGUGUCUUUAUGCAGCGUUGGUGGCGUUGUGGGAGGCGUUGGUCCGCACGCUUAUGUUGGCUCCAAGCACGCGGUUCUAGGUUUGACCAGGAGCGUUGCGGCUGAGCUAGGACAGCAUGGGAUACGCGUUAACUGCGUUUCGCCUUACGCUGUCUUGACUAACCUCGCGCUGGCUCAUUUGCCUGAGGACGAGAGGACUGAAGGCGUGGUCGCUGGUUUCAGGGGUUUCGCUGCUGCGAACGCGAAUCUGAAAGGUGUUGAGUUGACUGUUGAUGAUGUGGCGAACGCGGUUUUGUUUCUGGCGAGUGAUGAGUCGCGGUAUGUGAGUGGUGAUAAUCUGAUGGUUGAUGGUGGGUUUACUUGCACUAACCACUCCUUUAAAGUUUUUAGGUGAUCAUUUUUUCUGUGUCAAUGUGUGUCAAAUAAUUUAGCUAUGGAGCUCAUUGUUGUCAAUCUGUGAUCUUGUUUUUCUAUCUACGAUUGCUAGCUUUUAGCAUUUGUAGAGAGUUUUUACAAAGUCAUGGAAGAAACAUAAUUGUUUGUUGUGUUACAUUUACUUUUUAAAUAAUUACUGCUCAUUACCAAA